CUGGGCCACCGACCGCUGAUAUUUGUUACGAUUCAACUGUUUUUUUUUUUUUUCCUUUGUACAAAACAAAGAAAUACGAGAGAGAUUUAGGGGUUGGCUAGAUAUGGAGGAGGAGGUUGAGGUGAUAAUUGUAAGUGAAUUGGGGAGGCUUGAAAUUGCAAGAGCAGCAGCGGCAAGGAAAAGAGGGAAAAAGAUAAGGGUUUGUUUGCGUAAGAUAAAUUCCCAACUGGCCUAUGGUUUUGAUUAUGGAUCUGACUUUUGCAUAGUUGAGCCUCCUGUGAGCAAUGAAUAUGAUGUCACCCUUUAUGCUAGGCUUGGACUCUACUGCUACAAUUUUCAAAAGGGAACAAACUUUAAGUUUGUGCGCUGGGAAAAGUAUAAUACUGAGUUCACUUCUAACUUUGACCACUACAUCACUUUGGCGGCAAGGGAUCCGUCCUGCAACUCUUUCUUCUCUUUUCAGACUGUGUUCAGUGCUGCUGGAUGUUCUACCCAAGGUACUUAUCGUGUAAAAACCUGGAGGGUCUUGGCCUGCAGACCCACAUGCAACAAGCCUGUGGAUGAUUAUUGGGACCGGGAUGAAGAAAUAGAUCCCUUCUACACAGGUGAAAUGCCCAAAUGGUUGUCUGAUGAGGCCUUGACCAGUGACAAUAAAAAGUAUUACGUGGUGCAAGAAUCAGAGCUGCAUGAGAAUGAAUGGCUGCAUCUAUUCAUCGAGAUCGCAUUCUACUCCAAAGCCAAAACAAAUCCUGAAUUGGUGGAGAUCAACAAGGUAGUUGUAGAAACUAAAGAAGAUUACAUAAGUGAGGCGCGUGAGAAGCUCCACGCAGAGAAUGCAAUAUUCUACAUCAGUUACAAGUAUACAGGUGUUUCGUCAAGUGGUCUCGCUGGUGAUCACAAAGCUAUCAUAAGGAAAACCAUGGAUGGGAUAACAGAACAUAUGAGUCUUGAAGUUGCUUCUGAACACGGGUGAUCACAAAGCGAUUGUAAGUAAAGAACAAGAAUCAUAUGUUUGUGAUUGGCUUUGUGUUAAUGUUUACAACUCCAGGGACCAGAACGAGUGGGAUCUAUAUGUAUAUUGUGGGCUAUUUGUUUGCAAUGGCAUACUAGUAAUUUGUAUGAUAACCAAUAACAAAAGUUGUACCAAACCAUGGAGGUGAGUUGUCUAUUGACCUAAUAUAUCUUAACAUAGUAUUGGAGUGA